CUCAUCCAUUGGGCUGAAGCCGGAUCGAUCAAUGACACACUCAAUUUAGUCACUCUGAAGGUAUGGAGAGUAGUUUCAGCAGACAAAGGUUUCACGUCGCCAUCUGUCAAACGUUACGCACAAGGAAAAUAUCGGGUGGAAAUUCGGCUCGAAAUCACGAGGAUGCGUGGGACAAGCUUGGGUCGUUCGUAUUUGCAGUUCGCAUUCGACCUCAAAGGAAAAUUCUUUCACUUGACUCUCUUCAGUUUUAUGUUUUCCUUGAUAAAUGUAUGAUGGUGGGAGGUUGCGCGAUUUGCAGAACUGAACAAGGGAAAAAUUGCUCAGCAAAAAUAUUAUUAUCAAAAUCAAAAUGAAGUCGUGUGUGAUAUUAGGUGUUUUGGGGCUUGCUGUGCUAGGCCAUGCCGUUAAAAUGGAUCCCGUCAUUCAUCCGGGCUGUGUCACUUACACGCCGCCCAAACCUGAUGAAAAGAGCAUUAUUUUCAGUGAAGCGUUUGGCCGAUUAGGCAAUAAUUUACUCAUGUACGCUGUCAUGUAUCAACUUCAAAUAUCAUUAGGCGUUACCUCUUACAUCAACGAUGAAUGUCUCAUUUAUUUGCGAAAGUUUUUUACUGAGGAGUCCAUCAAGUUAAAAAGUGUUCAAGCCACAUAUUGCAACUAUGAUCAAAUUCAGUGGGUCUUUUACUACAAGCACAUCCGCCCUCUAUUGACUGAUAAGAACUACAGAACCGGAAAGGUCUUGUACCUAUGGCCUUCUACCGGAAAGGACUCCAAGUUUGAUGCUUACAGAGGUGAAGCCCAUGCAUGUCCUGAGCAUGAGUUGCUGGUCAAGGCCUAUCAAAGGACAAUGAGGAAUACGCUCAAAUUCAAGCCUGAAAUUAUGAAACGAGUCAACCACAUCUACGACGAAGUGGCCAAGACCAUGGGCCAAAAUCGGAAGGACAUCACCUUUGUGGCGGUCCAUAAUCGCCGAACGGACCAUAUCCAAUACACGGAGGUGAAACAAGGCAAAGGACCCCUGAAGCCUUCGUACUUCCAUCAUACAAUGGAUGUGAUGCGCGAGGAGGUAGAUCACAAGUAUAUGGCGUUCCUCAUCGUUUCGGAUGAUAUGGCUUGGGCCAAGAAGAAUAUCAAGAACAAGAAGGGUGACGUGUUUUUUGCCGGAAUCGGUAUUCCGGAUGUGGACUUGGAUAUCGGCACUGAUCUAGCCAUCAUGGCCCAUGCAAAUGCCACCAUUAUUUCUCGUGGUACUUUCGGCAUGUGGGGAUCCAUUUUGUGUGGGGGUGAAUAUCACACCGAAUUUGGACUCGUAGUUCCAGAUCAUAUCAUGGAUCCUCAUGACGAAUUCUACCAACAGGACUAUAUUCUUUAAGGGUUUUUUCCAAGGGCACAUAAUAAUAAUUAUAAGAAUGACUGCCACCAUAAGGUUUUAAACCCAUGUAAUCCGAGGAGAAGAUGUUUGCCUUGUUUACUUUGCCAAUUAGAUCGUGGAUGAAAAUUGACUUUUUUUAUUAUCAAAUAUCGACGAGUUAUAUGAAUUCAUUAUGAUCCUUUUCAAGAGAACGUGUUACUCGCAAUUCGCAUUUGAAUGUUUCAUCGGAAGCUUUCCAUUAUCAUAAAAUUGUACGAACAAACCUGUUUAGACUCUGAUCAUGUUAAGAUAAGGAAACAAAGAACAAAGUUAAAUCAAAACAGUCAAAUGUUUGUCAAAUGAUUCGUUUGUAUAAAUUUCAUGAAAAUACUAUGGUAAAAUGAAUUUCCAUCUUUGACACUUAUUCUUUCAAACAUUUUUGUCGCUCAAAUCAUUUUCGCCAUGAAGAAAUAAAAACCCUUUGAAACCCGCUCCCUCUUUGGGUCU